GAAAUAGGAAGCUUUCCAAAAACGCAGUAGUCCUGGCAGCACACAUCAUAAUACCCACGAAAACGUUGUAAUAUCUGCGACAUUAUCCUUGUCGGGGCAGUUCAGCUGUGCUCGAGUCUGAACCAAAGUCACUAAUGGCUCACCCGCUCGGAAUUCAGCCGGAGGGCAAUAUGUACAUACACGACGGCCCUAAUAUCCGUGAAUCAAGCUUGGGCGCGUUGGCGGUGCUGCCGGACGCGCUGCUCCUGGAUAUCCUAGCUCCUGGUGGCGGCGGCGGACUGACGGCGGCGGAUCUGGGUCGGCUGGCUCUGGCCAGCAAGGCCCUGUACUGUUUCGCCAACCUGGAAGAGAGCUGGAAGGGGCUGGUGCUGGAGGAGCUGGGCGGUUGCUUCCGCUGGGCUGGCUGCUGGCAGCGCACCUACCUGCUGUCCACCGGCCGCAUCACCCAGCAGCAGGAGGAGACAGCGAGGGCGCGGGCGGAGCAGGAGGAGGCGGAGGAGCGGGCAGCGGAGGACGCAGAGGCGGAGGAGGAGAAGGAGCAGGCGGCCAAGGAGCAAGCUGAGGCGGAGGAGAAGGAGCGGGCUGCGAAGGAGGAGGCUGCAAAGGAGGAGGAGGAGCAGGAGGAGGGCAGGCGGGGCAGCAAGCGGCGGAAGACCGGUAGCUCGUCCACGGCCGCUGGGAACGGCGCCCAGGGGUCAGCCAAGGGCAAGAAGGGCGCGGGGCCGGCGGCGGUGAAGGCGGAGCAGCCGGGGCCAAACAGCAAGGCGGCAGGGGCCAAGGGCAAAGGUGAGGGAAAGGCGGCAAAAGGGAAAGGAAGGAAGGCCGACGACGACGGUGCGGCCGCCUCACAGCAUGAGGACGAGGCCGCUGCCGGCCCCGGUCCCUCAUCCACGGCCGCUGCUGCCGCUGCCACAGCCAACAGCAACGGCGUCGCUGCUACAGCUCGGCGGCUGCCCCUGUUGCGGCGGCUGGUGCUGCCGGGGCCGCUGCUGACCACUGAAGAAGAGGCUGACGACGCAGCGCCUGGUACUGCUACUGCCGGCAAGAAGGUCGCCGCCAGCAGUAGCGGCAGUAGCAGCCGCGCCCUAUGCCUGCAGCGCUACCUGCAGGUGCGGGGCUUCUACAGUGACCUGCUGUACCAGCCCUGGUUCUGUGCCAACUUCGAAAUGCCGCCGGACUGGCUGCAGCCCAACAAUAUCGACAGGCGCGCCGGUUUAACGCCGGAGCAGUUCCGGGUCGAGUACGAGAUCCCCAACCGCCCAGUCAUCCUCACGGACGCCAUGUCGGGCUGGGCGGCCAUGUCCAAGUGGAGCAACGACUACUUGACGCGAGUGUUCGGGGAUAAGGACGUCAUCGUGGGCAACAUGCCCAUGCCCUUCUCCACCUACGCCGCCUACGCCGCCGCCAACGCGGACGAGAUGCCCCUGUACCUCUUCGACAAGCAGUUCACGGCCACGGCCCCCGCUCUGGCCUCCGACUACCACGUACCGGAGCAGUUUGGCGAGGACCUGUUCGGGCUGCUGGGCGAGACCGGCCGGCCCGACUACCGCUGGCUGAUCCUGGGCCCGGCCCGCAGCGGCUCCAGCUUCCACGUGGACCCUAACGCCACCUCCGCCUGGAACGCGCUGGUGUGGGGAGCCAAGAAGUGGGUGAUGUUCCCGCCCGGCGUGGUGCCGCCGGGCGUGCACCCCUCCCCCGACGGCGCUGACGUGGCCACGCCCGUGUCAUUGGCCGAGUGGUUUGUCAACUUCUACCCCGAGUGCGCGGAGAUGAAGGUGAAGCCGGUGGAGUUUGUGGCUCGGCCCGGCGAGCUGCUGUUCGUGCCGCACGGCUGGUGGCACUGCGCUCUCAACCUGACGGACAGCUGCGCCAUCACCCAGAACUUCGUGUCGGCGGUGGGUCUGCAGGCCACGCUGUCGUUCCUGAGGUCGCGGCGGCCGGAGAUGGUGUCAGGCUGCGCGCACGAGAACAGAUGCGACCUGUACGACCGCUUUGUUGCGGCGCUGCGGACGCAGCGACCCGACGUGCUGGCGACGGUGGAGGCGCGGCAGGAGGAGGCACGGGCCAAGGCGCGAGAGGCCAACAAGCUCGCCGCGCUGUUCAGGCACGGCCCGGAGUCAGUUGCCGCUGCGGCGCCCGCCUGUGCCGGGGCGGCCGUGGCGGCAAGUGGCAGCAGCCAGGCCACGGCGUCUGGUGAUGCAGCGGCGCCGACUGCUAACGGCGGCGGCGGAGGCGGCUUCUCGUUUGGGUUCGGCCUGAGCAGCGGCGGUGGCAGCAGCGGAGCGGCGGCGGCUGCUGGUGGCGAGUCGGCCGCAGCGCCGGCGGGAGGCGGAGGCUUCCGGUUUGGCUUCGGGCUCUGAUUCCGGCCACCAGCUCAUUCCUAAACAUCAGACAGUGGAGCGGGCAGUGCAGGGCACUGCGUCGUCCGGGCUGACUCGGAGAACCGGAUGGCGCGGGGCGUUCAAUCUUGCGUUUAGCUUGCAAUCGAGGCCGCGGGGCGUUAAAUUUUGUAAUGGCUGUCGCGUCGCAUUAGGGAGAGGGAACCAUACCCACGUCACCUUGAACGUGCAUUGUGUGAAGUUGGGUGUGCCUGCACGGCUCCGGCAGUCUCGCCAGCAUCGGCCCAGUCCCUGUGAAGAAGCCAGCAUGUUUGAUGUGAUGCUAAUCUUUCGGUUGACAGAUGGGUGUGUGAUGGGACAGUGGUAAGGCAAGUUGGCAGAGUCCCGUAGGGUGCAGCUGAUUCCCAUACCCAACACAAUUGGCAAACAAUUGGCAGCGGCAGGGCAAGAGUGCGCGGCUGGUAGAACGCCGGACUUACUGUACCGACGAGUUGCUGGCUGGCUGGAAGUUUGCUGACGCGCAUUCCUCACGCUCGCUUGACAGAUGGGCUGUGUUGGCUGUGCAUGACCGCCGCCGGGGCCGCGCGACCGGCGUACGCAGCUGGCUGAACACAAGGACACAAAGAGCUCAGAACUGUGCUGACGGCCAGCGGGGUUGACACGGUGAUGUUCGCUUGUGCGUGUUGCGUUUUUUCAAGCAUGUCAAUAACGGGGACCAUCUCCAGGGCAGCGGUGGUCGGUCGGGUCAGGCAAGGUCAGGCAAGGUCAGGCGAGGACAUCCUGCCAUGGCAAUGUCCAUUGUCGGUCAGUGGCAUGCUGUUAGCAAUCUCCCACGUUGCCUGCUUGGCACGUCGGCUUUGCUGUAGCCUGUUGGGCCCCUUAUUCUGAGGUAGGACUGUACGAGUGUGUGUGCGAUGAGGUAGGAAGGACAUGGCACGCAGCCAGAAACGAGCAGGGAGUACUAGGCAGUACCGC